CAAGUGGUAGUAGAAUCUAGAAGGUCAUCCAAUUGAAUGGAGAUCUCGGGCUGAGUUGUCCAACUCCUCCACUAUAUUAAUACGUUCCAAACACUUCGGUUCUCUCCUCUUCUCGGUAGCGGCUCAGCUCUUCUCCACAGGUCAUCUUGAUACUGCCUUCAGAGAUUCUGUAGGUUCAGCAUUUUCAAGUACAAAAGAUUAAAGUAUUUUAACUGCAAUAAUGGCUGAGGAUGGUUUCAAGGUUUCAUUAAAUGUCUAUGACCUCAGCCAAGGACUAGCUCGGCAACUUUCUUCAACAUUCUUAGGGAAGACUAUUGAAGGCAUAUGGCACACAGGAGUAGUGGUUUAUGGCAAUGAAUAUUUUUUUGGGGGAGGCAUACAGCAUAUGCCAGUUGGAACUACACCAUACGGAACACCACUGAGAGUGAUUGAUUUGGGUGUCACACAUGUACCAGAGGAUGUGCUUGAAAUUUAUUUACAGGAAAUUAACUGUCGUUAUACUGCUGAAACUUACAGUCUUCUCUAUCACAAUUGCAAUAACUUCUGUAAUGAAGUGGCACAAUUUUUGGUGGGUACAACUAUUCCGGAUUAUAUUCUAAACCUGCCCAAUGAAGUUAUGAGCAGUCCAAUGGGUGCUCUUAUAUUGCCCAUGAUACAGAAUCUGGAAACAACAUUGAAGGCCGGUGCAGUGCCACAAGUUCCUCAGUUCAGACCUCCUUCAUCGGUUCAGUCUUCACUGUCUUCGAGUGCUACAACUGCUACUAUGGACAAAGCCUUCAGUAGUCCCAGCUCUCCGACUGUGCAAAAGACUCAGAGAGAGGCUGAUGGUAAAUUGAAAACCGAAGGGCAACCUUCAAUGCCUGAGCCUAAGUCACUGGAUAAUGCUGUGCCUCCUGCUGUCAAACCUGUGGAAGCACUGAAUGAAGUUGCAGAAGAUCCUCUUGGAGAUGCCCGGAGCAAGGUGCAAGAGGAGAUUGGCCGUGAAUUUGCUGCAAUAAUGGCCACCGGGACAUUGCGAGCUAGUGAGGCUGCAGCGCUUGCAAUGAAGAAAGUGAUGCAAAAAUAUGAGGAUACCAUCGCUGCCAUGCCGCACAGUUAGAAAUCAGGAGACUUAAUUUUUUGAAGUUUCCUGUUGUUUGUCCCAAGGCAAUAUAAUGACAUAAGAUGAUUCAACUUCCUUUCAUUCUUUCCAGGCCUCCAUAAGAUGAGGUGGACUAAUUGAUAACGUACUUUAAAUAGUACUAAUUGACAUUAUCCAUGGUAGACCUAUUUUAAUUGACA